CUGGCUUUGUGCUGUUUGUCCUGCAGGCAGAAUGGGGAUGUGUGUGAGGUGGAGUUGGUUGCUGCUGGUGGCUCUGGUUUAUGGCUCAGCAUUUGCCAGUACCAGAGAGCAUGUUUUGGUUAGACGCCAGUCAGAUAGUUGGUGGAGGCGUCACCAGUCCUCUGCAAGGGGUUUGCCUAGAGGAUCUCAUGUGGUGGCUGCUCAGCCUGUGUCUGGCCUGGGGUCUUCAAGAUGGAUUGCUCAACCAGUGUCUGGCCUGGGGACUUCUAGAUGGGGUGCUCAGCCUGUGUCGGGAUGGGGGUCACCUGUUAGGAAUGAUGGGGGAGCUGCUCAGUCUAGACAGCUGGCACCAACCCAGAGCUCUCCUAUCAGUGUGCAGUGUGGUGAGGACAUGAUGGUGGUGACUGUGAUGAGAGACCUGUAUGGCAAUGGGAAGCUGGUGAAGGCCUCAGACUUGAGCUUGGGACCCCAGUCCUGCAGUCCCAGCCCCCAGAGCAGUGAUACCAGUGUGGUCUUCAAGAUUGGCCUCCAGGAGUGUGGAAAUGCAGUACAGAUGAUGGCAGACUGGCUGAUCUAUACCACCUCCCUGACCUACACUCCAACAUCCCUCAGUGGUGUUCCCAUCAUCAGGACCAACCCUGCUGUGGUUCCCAUCCAGUGUUUCUACCCCCGACAUGGAAAUGUGAGCAGCAAUGCUAUCAAGCCAACAUGGGUUCCGUUCAGUACCACCGUGUCCUCAGAAGAGAGGCUGUCUUUCUCCUUGCAGCUGAUGAUGGAUGACUGGAGUGCUCCCAGACCUUCCUCUGACUUCCAGCUGGGGGACAUGCUCUACAUAGAGGCCUCUGUGGACACUCAGAACCAUGUCCCUAUGAUGCUGUUUGUGGAUAGCUGUGUGGCCACUCUGUCUCCUGAUGUCCAGUCCACCCCUAAUUAUGCUCUCAUUGCUUACAAUGGUUGCCUGGUGGACGGUCAGCAAGAAGAUUCCUCUUCUGCCUUCAUAUCCCCAAGACCUGAUCCAGACAAGCUUCGGUUCAUGGUUGAUGCUUUCCGGUUCACUGGGAUAGAUGUCUCUCUGAUCUAUAUCACUUGUACGUUGAGAGCUGCUGCAGCCACUCAGGUUCCUGAUCCCAUGAACAAGGCCUGUUCCUAUGUGAAGGCAUCUAGCAGCUGGACAGCUGUAGAUGGCUCCAAUGCUAUCUGCCAAUGCUGUGAUACAAAGAACUGUGCUGGUACAUCCAGGAGAUUGGUAUUGCCGUUUGGGAGACCAAGAGUAAUUGGCAAAAGAGAGCUUGUGGAUGGCUCAUCUACUGGAGAACAUGGAUUAGUGACUUUGGGUCCUCUGCUGGUGGUUGGAGCAGGACAUGUCCAGGCUUCCAGAAUGACCAUAGAGUCUGGGCAUCUGGAACAGUGGAUUCUGGUGGCCAUUGUGUCUGUCAGUUUGGUUGUGUUGCUUGGCUUUCUUACAUUAGUUGUGAAACGCUUGAUGAAUACACAUGCUCUUGUACAGGAUGCAGAGAAAUAAAAUACUUCAUUACCACCUUA